AUGGCCUAUAUUGUAGGCCAAGACACAACCAAUUCAGAACUUUCUUCAUGUGGAUGUUGUCCAUCACCAUAUUGUCAAGCAAAGGCAACGCCAUGUUCAACAAAUUCUGAUUGCGAAUGCUUGAUGAUGGCAAUGACCGGUGGAGGAAUGUGUACGGAUACAGUUAUGUCAUGCAAAGAUUUAGUUCCAUGUGAAAAUGAUAAUAAGACAUGUUCGACACCCAAUACUGUAUGUGUCAACAACACUCGAUGCAGCACUCCUGUUUGUUUUCCAAUCAAUCGUGCGUCAUCACGACGGUGUCCACCGUUGACUUCAACAAUUUCAAUCACCACUACAGCAGCGACAAUUACAACAACAUUCAAUGCUUGUCUGAAUGGAACUCGCUGUCAAAAUAAUGGUACAUGCCAACCGUCGGGAAAUACUUUCAUUUGCCUGUGUCCGCCAACACAUUUCGGUCCAUUAUGCGAAUAUCGUGGCAUCGGAACCGAUUUAACUGUGCUCGAAACAAUUCUCAAUGGUUCACUAACAAAUUAUGAUAGAACUGUUGAAAGAGUACUCAACCGCUCCAAUUGGACCAAUAUGGUUGCUGUUGUCGAUGUUACCGGUUCAAUGCAACCAUGUGCAGCAGCCGUUUAUAAAUGGUUGAAAUUAUCUUACGAUAAACUAAAUUUGAUCAAAUACUAUGUCUUCUUUAACGAUGGUGACAAUAAAGCUGAUGCACUCAAGGUAAUUGGUUCUACCGGAGGUAUCUACGGCACACCAACUACUAAUUUAAAUACAACACUAGCCGUGAUGCAAGCAGCUAUGAAAAAUGGUAAUGGUGGUGACGGGCCCGAAAAUGAUAUUGAAGCAAUGUUAUAUGGUAUCAAACAAUGUCCGACAUGUACAAAUUUGAUUCAUAUUGCUGAUAACCAAGUGACGCCACGUGACAUGGUUUUACUUUCGAAUGUGACUCUGCCAGUGAAAGUCAUUACAUGUCAAUUAGGCUCAUCUUCUGUUAAUGCGAAUUUAAUCAAUAUUGCUACUCGCACAGG